GAUUGAUACCGAUUCUUUACAAUUAACAAUACCUUUUUAAUAUCGUGAAACACUAGUGGAUGUGGUGGCAAAAGCCGAUCCCAAAGAAUUUUUUUGUUCUACAAGACCAAGUCUAACUUCAAUCAUGUCAAUUGACAAGUUACCUGACGAUUGUUUGAUAUUAAUCUUUCAAAAUCUUCACGAGUUGGAUGAUGUUCUCAAUUGUUAUUCAAUUAAUUUGAGAUGGAAGCAGCUCAUUUACCAUCACCGACUCGUCCAUGUCAAAUAUUUAUACUAUUUUGACUUCAAUAACUUUUUUGGUAUCAAACCAAAGCUUUCAUUGGAUACAAUUUAUUUUUACAAAAAUAAUGAACUGAAAGAAACUGAUUUGGCUAGUUUGUUCCCAAACGUCAAGGUUUUCAGCAUUUGCGAACCACUUCAGUUGAAAUUGAAAAAGAAGACGCUUUGUAAAUUUUUGGCCGAUGCUCGAAAAUUGAAGGGUUUAAUAAAUAUAAGCUGGCUUUUCUCUGGAGAAGUGAUCGAUCGCUGCAAAAACCUCGAGAUGCUUGCCACUGAUUAUCUAAGCCCAUGUUUACUUAGAUAUGGACCUGGCCGUAAAAUAAAGCAACUUCAUCUGAUGGGCCACCGACUGGAUGCUUUCCGUUAUGAUGCUAAAUAUUUCCCCAAUCUAAAGAGACUCAAUAUUUACAAUGAUGAUGGUCGGUCAGAGGGUAUGUAUAAUGGACCUAAGCUUGAGAAGCUUAAAAUCCUGGAACUGGGCCUUACUUCAGAGGAUGGAUGCGAUGAAUAUUAUGGAUUUGAAUUUAUGAACUUUUGCCCUGCAUUGGAAAGUGCCUAUUUGUGGAUAAAAUCAAACAAACAUAUCGUAUCCCGAUCAACUGUUAAUUACAAUAUGCGUGAUCUUGUUCUCAUCUAUAAAUCUGGAUGUGAACAAGAAUGGAACUCAUUGAGGACUUUAUUAAUGCGAUAUCCCAACCUAAAACACUUGGCUUUGCGCGAAAAUUUCCGAAUCUUUGAUCACCAUGUUGAGGAGUUGGUUGAGCUAAUGCCUAAUUUGGAGUUGCUGGAUUUUAGAGGAUCGGAUGGGAUAACUCGAAAAUCCCUCAACUUUGUCCAACAGCUGGCUGAAAAACAUGAUCGUACAAUCCGCUUGUAUUGCAACGCAAACGGUAAACAGAUGGCAGUGGAUCUACCUCAUAUAUCCCGUGACAACGAUUAUAUCGUCAAAGAAUUUGAUUUCAUGCGGCACUGUUUUGUCAAAAAAUUUGUUAAUCUCCCAUAUUUGAUGGGCGUCUAAAGUAAGACAAAUUUGUAACAGCAGAACCAUUACAUAUCAUUAACCAGCCAAUGAAAAGCUCAAGAAAUCAAUUUAAUUUAUCAUUAUGAACUUGAAUCCAUUCAAAGUAAAUAUGCUUUCUGUACUUUUUCAAUUUUGUUUACUAUUUUCGAUAUUCAUAUUUCAAACUGUCUACUGUUUCAUUUUUCUUUCAAAGAUUUCGUAUUAAAUUUCCCAUUUAUUUUUCAUUAA